AUGUCCAGCCAAGAAGCCACACUAUACACAACGUCGUCGGGUUCAAUCUCGUCUGCCCCGGGAUCAACGUCGCCGGCACCGGCCACUGCCCGCCGGCGCCCGAUCCCCCGCAAGGGCCACACCAAGUCGCGCGCCGGGUGCACUAACUGCAAAAAACGUAAGGUUAAGUGUGACGAGGUGAUCCCGGAGUGCGGGCCGUGCCGGCGUCUCGGCCUGGGGUGCGAAUAUUCGAGGGCGGGCCGCGAUGCUGUAGCAGUGACGAGAGCGGCACCUCCGGCCCCGACCAGAGCGCUGCCAGCGCCCGGCACCUUUAGCAUGGCGGACCUGCGCUUCUUCCAGCACUUUCUCGUCUGCGCGUACCCGCCACUGCCCAUCGGCGGGUGGUCCGUCUGGCAGCUUGUGUCGCAAAUGUCACACGAGCAGCACGACUUUCUGGCGCACGCGAUGCUCGGCCUCGGGGCGUCGCACCUCAGCGUGCUGGGGCCGACAAGAUACGUCCAGGACGCGCUGCAGCACCGCGUCGUCGCCAUCAAGCGCCUCAACGAGUUCCUCGCGCGCGGGCAGCAUUCGGUGUCCGAUGCCGUCGCCGCGUUUGCGGCCAUCCUGGUGCUGACCUACCAGGCGGCGCACAUGCCCGAUGGGCUGUACGACUUUCUCACCAUGAUGCGAGGGUGCUUCCUCGUGGGACCGAUGAUCGGGGAGGAGUUUCGGUCCUCGGUGUUUCAGACGAUUGAGCGCGAGUGGUACGUCGAGCGCGCCGUCGAGCUCGUGACACCGGAGGCGCACCACUUCCACGAACGGGGUCUGGCGGACGGCUUCUGUGCGAGCCUCGAGCAGUUGGGGCGGCUGUUACAGAGCGUCGCCGAGGUGGAGUACCUAGCUCUGAUGCGGCGGAUUGCCUCGUCCGUGGGCGACGACUUGGCCGAGAGCUACCGGCAGCACACCUUCCUGUACGAGAAGCUUGGCCACCUCACGGCCAACGAGUACGCCUCGUUCGUAAACCCGGGUAACCACGUCUCGCGGCUUAUCAUCAUGCACAUGCUGGUGCUGGACUGCAUCAUGGCCGGGCGUCUCGAGGGGAGCGACGAGAAGCGGCGGCCUGUGACGGCGACGCUGCACGACUACGACUCCCGCAACAUCAUGGUCUGCGUCUGGGUUGGGAACAUUUACGCGAACCUGCCGCGGGAGCUGCGGCAGUACGCGGAGUGGCCGGCGCGGUUUGCGCGCGACUUGAUGAACUUGAUUGACGCUGACACGAGCUGCUAG